AUGUUCUCACCGAUUGAACCAUCUACUAUGGGCAUCACUGUGGCAUCCAAUGUGAAGAAUCCUAUGAAAAUCUACGUUGAUGAGGAUGGUGGACCGACUGUUUAUGUUUCACUUCGGUUUUUGAACCGCACCGAAAAAUGGAUCAAUGGAGCAUCAAAGGGUAUACAAAUGGGUGGUGAAUGUAACUUGUGUUCAGGUGUAUCAGUUGACAAAGAGAAAAAUGUCUACAUGACAGAGGCGGAUACACACCGUGUGGUCCAAUGGUCACCUAAAACCAAUAUGACCACAGUUGUUGCUGGACAAACAAACACAAGUGGCUCGACAAGUGCACUUUUGAAUCAUCCUCAAGGCAUAUAUGUCACUCGAAAUGGUGACACAGUGUACGUAGCUGACAUGUGGAAUAGUCGGAUCCAAAAGUGGCCGAAAACAGCUCACGAAGGGGUGACUGUGGCUGGAUCAAGCAAUGGUACCGAAGGUCAUGAUAAUGCAACAUUGUAUUAUCCAAAUGAUGUGAUCGUCGAUGAAGAAACCAAUGUUGUGUACGUAAUGGAUACAAGCAAUCAUCGCGUUCAACGAUGGCUAUCCGAUGCUACCGAAGGUGAUACUAUUGCCGGCGGAAAAGAUUGUUCAGUGACUCUUGAUCAAGUCGAGCUCCAACUAUUGAAGUUAUCACAUUUGAAACAUUUUGAAAUUCAAGCACAAGGUAAUGAGGAUCUUUGUGAUGGUCUACGAUGGCAAAUGUUAGUAUCUCAUAUAAAAAUGUUCAAUUUUAAAUUUAAACUCUUUUCACAAUUUGGACGCGCUAAACAGCAAGAAAUUCUAUCAUCUUUUUCUAGUCCGUUUUGGAUCAUAGAAAAACAUUGGUUUGUUGUCUUUAGUCAAUAUGAAAUCUAUACUGUGCCUCGUUUUGCCGAAACAUCUGCUGGUGAAUCUUUUCUGCCACCCAUGUAUCGAACAGUAUCAGAUGAAAGACUGUUCUAUGAUCAUAUAUUUACAUUCGCAUUAAACAAAAUCGACGAAGAACAGUUAUUAGCUGAUCAUUAUCGCUUUCCUCAAGUUCGAGUGCUUUUGUUGGCCAAGUACCUGCCACUCGAUAAUCUACUUGCUCUAGUCGAUUUAUCUCAAGUACGAUAUUUGAAAGCACCAUUGGAGAAAUUCGUUCAACUAGCCGACAGCAUGCCACGUCUUGUUGAACUUGCAUUAUCAUCAUUAUCAUUAAGUGGAUUAAAGCCUAGUGUUUUUGAACAGAUUCGCAUUUUGCACUUUGAGAAGAUUCGUUUCAUAGGAAAGAAAGAUGAAAGACGAUUACUUCGCAUGUUCACUUGGGUUGAACGUCUUUAUAUACAUGGUGGAAUGAAAUCUCGCUGGUAG